AUGGUAACGACGCGGCCGAAGAUGGCGGCUGGGCGCGAGCUGGUCGGCGGAGCGGGCCCCGUGGGUCCAGGCCCCGGCCGCCCUCGCCGGCGCCGCAGCGGAUCGCUGUGGGUCCGCGGUGUCCUGCUCCUGCUGGGCGGGUUCCCGGCCGGCGCCGCGUCCGCGUCCGUCUCCGUCUCCGUGAGCAGCUCCCCGCUCUGCCGGCACCACGUCCCCUCCGUCAGCGAGGUCAUAAAUAAGGUUCAUCUUAAGACAAAUCAUGUUGUAAAGAGAGGUGUUGAUGAUCAUUUAAGAAUCAAGACUGUCUAUGAUAAAAGUAUUGAGGAGUUGCUCCCCGAGAAGAGGCACCUUGUGAAGAACAAGCUUUUCCCACAAGCGAUUUCCUACUUAGAGAAGACGUUCCAGGUCCGCAGACCUGCAGGCACGAUCCUGCUCAGCAGACAAUGUGCCACCAACCAGUACCUGAGGAAGGAAAAUGACCCUCACCGCUACUGCACUGGGGAGUGUGCGGUGCAGACCCGGUGUGGCCCUGUGGUGGUGCCCGAGGAGCACCUGCAGCCAUGCAGGGUCUGCCGUGGGGGGAAGUGGCCCUGCGCAGCAGUGGGUGAGCUGGAGCAGGAGGGCGUCCGGGAUGCAGACUUCGUCCUUUACGUCGGUGCUUUGGCCACAGAGAGAUGCAGCCAUGAAAACAUCAUCUCUUAUGCAGCCUACUGUCAGCAGGAAGCAGAGAUGGACAGGCCAAUAGCAGGAUAUGCUAACCUGUGUCCAAAUAUGAUCUCUACCCAGCCUCAGGAGUUCAUUGGGAUGCUGUCCACAGUGAAACAUGAGAUUAUCCAUGCCCUGGGCUUCUCAGCUGGUCUCUUUGCAUUUUACCGCGAUAAAGAUGGAAGCCCUCUAACUUCCAGGUUUGCAGAUGGUCUCCCGCCUUUUAAUUACAGUCUUGGAUUAUAUCAAUGGAGUGAUAAAGUAGUCCGCAAAGUGGAGCGAUCAUGGAACAUUCGCAAUAAUAAGACAAUUCAUCACCCCGUGUAUCUCCUUGUGACCCCUCGUGUUGUUGAUGAAGCACGGAAACAUUUUAGUUGUCCACUUCUGGAAGGAAUGGAGCUGGAGAAUCAAGGUGGCAUGGGCACAGAACUCAACCACUGGGAAAAACGGUUACUAGAGAAUGAAGCGAUGACGGGUUCUCACACCCAGAACCGAGUCCUCUCUCGAAUCACUUUGGCCUUGAUGGAGGACACUGGCUGGUACAGAGCGAAUUACAGCAUGGCUGAGAAGCUCGACUGGGGCAGAGGGCUAGGCUGCGACUUCGUGAAGAAGAGCUGCAAGUUCUGGAUGGACCAGCAGAGACAGAAGGGGCAGGCGCUGAGCCCUUACUGUGACACACUCAGGAGCAACCCGCUGCAGCUGACCUGCAGGCAGGACCAGAGGGCCGUGGCUGUGUGCAAUUUACAGAAGUUCCCUCAGCCGUUGCCACCAGAGUUCCAGUACUUUGACGAGCUUGCCGGGGUCCCCACAGAAGACCUGCCACACUAUGGAGGCUCAGUAGAGAUCGCCGACUACUGCCCUUUCAGCCAGGAGUUCAGCUGGCAUUUGAGCGGCGAGUAUCAGCGCAGCUCGGACUGCAGAAUCCUGGAGAAUCAGCCAGAAAUUUUGAAAAACUAUGGUGCUGAAAAGUACGGACCUCAUUCCAUUUGUCUGAUUCAGAAAUCAGCAUUUGUCAUGGAAAAGUGUGAAAGGAAGCUGAGUUACCCAGACUGGGGCAGCGGGUGCUACCAGAUCUCUUGCUCUCCUCAAGGUCUGAAGGUCUGGGUGCAGGACACAGCGUAUCUGUGCAGCCGGGCUGGGCAGGUCCUGCCCGUCAGCAUUCAGAUGAAUGGCUGGAUCCACGGUGGGAACCUGCUCUGCCCGUCCUGCUGGGAUUUCUGUGAGCAGUGCCCUCCAGAAACCGACCCUCCGGUUGCCAACCUCACCCGGGCACUGCCCCUUGAUCUCUGCUCCUGCUCCUCCAGCCUGGUGGCCACCCUGUGGUUGCUGCUGGGCAACCUGCUUCCUGUGCUGGCCGGAAUCCUGCUGUGCGUGUGGCACUAGGAACAGAGGAGCCUGAGUGUCACACUGCUGCAGCCAGUGCACACACCUGGGCGGGUGCUAGCCUAUGCAGAUGACCGUGGUCAGAAUCAGGUGCGGCAGCAGAGCUGCACGGCAGUCUCUGACCAGCUGCUGCGCCUUGGCGCUCAGAGGAGGAGAAGAAAACCCAGUCACCAAGUCGCUGUGCUCUCGGGAUGCGCAAUCUCCCUGCUACAGCGAAAGCGGGUGUGAGCGGCUUUCCAGAGCGAUCACAAACCUCAGCAUCUCUCCUAAGCUGCAGGGAUGGGUGAGCUCAUCGCUGACACCGCACAGCACAGACAGCGGCUGGUUCGUGGAAGGUUAGCACGCUGGUGCACACCUGCAAUCCCAGCAUCCAGGAGGCUGAGGCAGGAGGAUCACUGCAAGUUCAA